UUUCCUUUCUAAUAUUCUUAUUGUUCUACACUCAUCUUAUUGGACUGUUCUGCCCCAAGAUCUGGCAACCCAGUCGUCUCCUCUGCCUCGCCUCUAUUUGAUCACAAGAAGGGAACUUUCCUCCAUCUCCUCUCUGAACACCAACAUGGGUUGUGACUCUGUCUGCUUGAUUUUUGUUCUCUUCCUUCUUCCCUGCUCUGCUAUGGCUUGUGACAGGUGUGUUCAUCAAGCCAGGGCUGGCUACUCCUCCUCCUCUGCUUUCUCUGUCGGAGCUUGCGGAUAUGGUUCCUUGGCUUUGGGCUUCAGCGGAGGCUAUGUUGCUGCUGCAGGCUCUUCUCUUCACAGAGGUGGUAUUGGCUGUGGAGCAUGUUUCCAGGUAAGAUGCAAGAACACGAAGAUAUGCAGCAGCGGAGGUGUCAAAGUGAUCCUUACGGACCUCAACAAGAUCAGUGACACCGAUUUGGCUCUCAAUAGGCCGGCUUAUGCAGCCAUGGCACGAUAUGGGAUGGCCAAAGAGCUGAAGAAACUGGGCAUCGUAGAUGUGGAAUACAAGAGGAUUCCAUGUGAGCACAACAAGAACUUAUCCAUUAGAGUGGAAGAGAAGAGCCAAAGCCCGAACUAUCUGGCCAUCAAGUUCCUGUAUCAGGGAGGUCAGACUGAUAUAGUAGCAGUGGACGUGGCACAGGUGGGAUCGUCGGAUUGGCAAUUCAUGAGCCGGGAAUACGGACCGGUGUGGAGCACGAACCGGGCGCCUCCGGGGCCGCUGCAGCUCAGAAUGGUGGUCACCGGCGGCUACGACGGGAAGUGGGUUUGGUCUCAGGAGGAGGUCCUGCCGGUCGACUGGAAGACCGGGUCGGUUUACGACUUGCGGGUUCAGAUCACUGACAUCGCUCAAGAAGGCUGCUACACCUGUGACACAAAAGACUGGAAGUGAUGCACGCUCGAGCUCUCUCGUUUCAAAAGAUUCGAUAGGCUAAUUAUAUGUUUCUGCUAACCACAGAUCAUAUAUUUCUGAUGAUAAAUAAUAAUAUAUACAACCUCCCUGCAAACA